UCAAAAAAUGUAAACAAACAAUUGCUCAAAAAUCAAUUUCUUCAGGAUAAAUCGAAAUUGGAUAUGUGUCUGCAGCAGUAAAAUGCAGUGUAGAGUGUGUUUGAAACAGGGCACAAGCGAUGAGGACGGACAAACGGCGUCACUUUUCCAAUCGUACAUAAAUGGCUUAACAAUCGGAGAGUUGCUGAACGAUUUGUUCGGUGUACAGAUAGCAGAAGAUGAUUCGUUUCCACAAAGCAUCUGCGCAAGAUGCCACAUCGAGCUGCAAAUGGUGUCGAUGUUUCGGGACCGAUUGCUAACCUCAGACAGCACUCUGCGCACAUCGGCCCAGCUGCACAGCGAUGGGACACUGUGUGCAGAAACGUAUGUCGAGGAAUCUAUCGCAUCGUGCACAGCAACGUCUGCUACGCGAGAAUCGUUGGAACAAGAUUCUACCACGAUCGAACGGCUAACGGCCUGUCUAUGUAGCGAUUGCGGGAAGCAGAUCGACGACACCGAACCGACGUAUCUGUUUCAGCAGAGCGGCUGUCCUUCGGGUACGAACACGGGUAGAGUGAUGUGUCAAGCAUGCUACCAGCGAUUAAACGACCUGGAAUGUAAUGCUGCUGAGCAAGAGGAACCUUCACUAGUCAUCGAUCUACUGCCCCUGGAGGCAUCAAAUCUUCGUUUCUGCUGCGUUACACACUGCUCUCAGAGCUUCACCGACGAACCAGCGCUGAUAAAACACGCGCAGGAAAUGCACGCAAUUAAGCUACGCAAAAAUCGCGAAAAUCAAGAGCCAGGAAGACCGUUCAAGUGCCACGUGUGCUUUCGAGCGUUUGGGUCGUCGAAGAAUUUGCGCGUUCAUCAGCUGGUUCGCUCGAACGUGCACAUCCGCAAUUUCGCGUGCAAGCUGUGCUGCUUCCGGGCCGGCAGCUCAGCAGCACUGACGAUCCACGAACGGACCCACACCGGCGAGCGUCCGUUUGCGUGCGAGCUGUGCGAAAAGCGCUUCUACUCGGAGGCAAAUCUGAAGUCCCAUCAAAUCUGCCACCGUGACGAGCAGCCGUUCGAAUGUUGCUACUGUGAGAAGCGGUUUGCGCGGAAGCGAAACAUGAAGGAGCAUCUGCAGCUGUGCCACUCGGAGGAGAAACCGUACCAGUGUGGUGAGUGUAGUGCCCGCUUUAAAACGGGCCAGCACUUACGGUUGCAUCAACGGUUGCACACGGGCGAGAAACCGUACGCCUGUAGCUUGUGUUCGAAACGAUUCUAUCACAUUUCGGACCGAAAGCGGCACGAGUUGUCGCACGUGGGAGCAAAACCGUUUAGCUGCGGGGUUUGUGGCGCAUCGUACACGCGCAAGCACGCACUGUCGAUGCACGAGCGGACGCAUACAGGCGAGCAGCCGUUCGGUUGCGCAGAAUGUGGGAGACGGUUUACGCAAGCUGUUUUGCUGAAGAGGCAUGUAGCGCGUUGUGGUAAUGGUGGAAAUCAUUUGGCGAGCAAACAGCAGGGCGGUUUGUCUGGUGAACAGGAUCAAUCGCCGAAAAUAGAAAUUAAAACGUAAAAACGCAAAAGAAGUAUAAGUUUAUGUAGAAAGAUUAACGGCAUUCCCGUGAUAUUCAAAUGCAUGUCUUGGAACUGUCAUAGCUUUUGCACCGGGCAAUGGUAAUCAACUGUCAAACGGUUGGUUUGUUUACAUCCCAUUUGCAACUCCAAAAAAAAAGGAAAGCAAAUUGCAAAACCGAAAGCAAAUCGGCCACGAAAUCAAGUUAAAAUGUGGAAUGAAGAUUUGAAUGUUUUCACGAAUGACCAAACACCCA